AUGAACCUCUUUUUUGUCAAAUCUGGAAAGCAAUUAACAGUUGUAGCUGUUGGUGAUAUUGUCAAAAGGAUAGCAUGUAAUGCAGAAGCUAGAGAAGAUUUACAGCUUAUAGCAUUAGGAUUGAUA